AUGGUAGUCCUCUCACGGCUAGCCUCACCCCUUAUAUCAUCAAAGGUGCGACCCAUAAUUCUUGUACAAAACAAUUUCUCAACUUCUUCAAUAGUAAAUGUGAAAAUCUAUGCUAGCGCUAAGGAAGCCGUUCAAGAUAUUCCGGACAAUUCAAAGCUGCUUGUAGGAGGUUUCGGGUUAUGUGGUAUCCCCGAAAAUUUGAUCAAUGCUUUGAGCGAAACAGGCCAGAAAGGUCUGACCUGUGUCUCUAACAAUGCUGGAGUAGAUGACUGGGGCCUAGGAAUUCUUUUAAAAACACGACAGAUAAAAAAGAUGAUCUCUUCUUAUGUUGGAGAAAAUGCUGAGUUUGCACGACAAUAUCUAUCUGGAGAGCUUGAGCUUGAAUUUACACCUCAGACGCGUGUUUUCAAUGGCUACAAUUACGUUAUGGAGGAAGCCAUUUGGGGAGACUACGCCUUGAUAAAAGCUUGGCGAGCAGAUAAGCUAGGAAACAUUCAAUUUAGGUUUGUCUAG